AGUUAUAGCUUCUUCUUACAUCGUCAACUAACCAAGAUUCCUCCAAGGUGUAUUUGCUUUUUCCUUGGAAACACUUCAAAGAGAUUGAAGGAUAUAACAGAUUUGGUAAGGCCUUUUCUGAAUCUUAUGCAAUGAAAGGAGGAGAUGGCCCUCACAGUUAUGCCCAAAACUCAAAAACUCAGAGAGUAGGAAUUGAAGCUGCUAAAAGCUUAAUCCAAGGAGCAAUAGCCAACAAAUUUUAUCCCAACACUAAUUCAAAUAAUUCUAGGAAACAAAUUUGCAUUGCAGAUUUAGGGUGCUCCACAGGACCAAACACCUUCAUUGCAAUUCAAUGCAUUAUAGAAGCAAUUGAACUCCAAUACAAGUCACAAGGCCUUGCUAUCCCAGAGUUUCAAGUUUUCUUCAAUGACCAAAUUUCAAAUGAUUUCAACACACUCUUCAAAAAGCUUCCAUCAAACCGAAACUACUUUGCAGCCGGUGUUCCUGGUUCUUUCUAUGGAAGAUUAUUUCCAAAGGAAAGCCUUAAUGUAGUUCAUUCAUCUGCAUCACUAAAUUGGAUUUCUAAGGUUCCUAAAGAGAUCACAGACAGAAGUUCUGCUGCUUGUAACAAAGGGAGAAUUCAUUACACAAAUGCUCCGAAGGAAGUUGUAGAUGCUUAUGCAAAUCAGUAUCAAAAAGACAUGGAAAUUUUCUUGCAUGCAAGAGCACAAGAGCUUGUGGGAAAUGGACUAAUGGCACUUCAAAUUCCUGCUGCAACUGAUGUUACUUUUGAUUCUGAUUUUUACUGUGGUAAAAACUUUGAACUUCUUGGAACUUGCCUAUUAGACAUGGCCAAGGAGGAAAAAGUUGAUGAAGAAAAAGUGGACACUUUCAAUAUACCAAUAUUUUUCUCACCCCUUAAGGAUCUGAUAAAAAUUCUUGAAAGCAAUGAUGAUUUCAUCAUUGAGCAAAUGGAAACAAUGGAUGCUAAAAGCCAUUUCAUUCCAGUUAAUGCUCAAAUGUAUGUUUCAUUCCACAGAGCUGCGCUGGAAGGAGUAAUUGAGAACCAUUUUGGAAAUGGAAUUCUUGAUGAACUCUUUCAUCGCUAUACUAAGAAAGUGAUGGAAAUUCCUGCUAUAAUGGAUUUACAAAACCUUAAUAUAGUUGGACUUUUUGUCCUUCUUAGGCGCAAGGUGUAGUACAAUUAAUUAACUAGUAGCCAAUUAUGAAUAAUAAUAAUAAGCAUUAUUACAACAUGAAGUUUAUAAUUUGUUGUAAACUUUUACUUUUCAGUGUCUUUUAAUAUGUAUUUCCUAUUAUCCUUUAAGCAAUAGCAUUUCAAUUCAUAGCAAA